CAAGCAUCAAUACAAUCCGUCCGUUAAAAUCAGAAUAUAAAGAACACAGAGGAAGUCAGCCUAGCCUGUAGGCUAUAUAACAGAAGCCAGUCAGAGCAAAGUUAACCCCGCUGAUGCUCUUUUCCACUGUGCUCCAUCUCCAACUUCCUCCAAGUUCCCUGGUUCACACAGAUGCUGCAGGAGAUCUGUGAGGUAUUCAGCCCUUCCUGUACUCACAAAAGGACAGUGUCAAGAUGCGCUGUGGAUUCUACAAUCCUCAGGUGGCCAUAAAAGUGAUCGACAAAAAGAAAGCUCGACAGGACUCAUACGUGCUGAAGAACAUGAAGAGAGAACCUCGGAUUCAUCAGAUGGUGCGACAUCCUCACAUCGUCGUCCUGCUGGAGACCCUGGAGACAGAGAACAGUUACUACAUGGCCAUGGAGCUGUGUGCCGGAGGAGACCUGAUGUACCGGAUCUGUGACAGGAAGAGGCUGGAGGAGAGGGAGGUGCGACGCUACACCAGACAGAUCCUCUCUGCAGUGGAUCACCUGCACAAACACGGCAUCGUACACAGAGAUUUAAAGAUUGAAAACUUCCUGCUGGACGAGCAUAACAACAUAAAGAUUGUUGACUUUGGCCUCAGUAACACUCUGAAGACUGAGUCUUUGUCUCUGGAGCUUCUCAACACCCAGUGUGGAAGUCCGGCCUACGCGGCCCCAGAGCUUCUCGCUCACAGGAAGUAUGGGCCCAAAGUGGACGUCUGGUCCAUAGGUGUGAGUAUGUUUGCCAUGCUGACUGGGACUCUGCCCUUCACUGUGGAGCCGUUCAACAUCAAACAGCUGCACCAGAAGAUGGUGAACGGAGAGAUUGGCAGCAUCCCCACUGAUGUCAGCAAAGGUGCAGCAGCAUUUAUGUUGUCUCUCCUGGAGCCAGACCCAGAUAAGAGGCCGAGUGUGAGAGCUGCAAUGGAGGAAAGGUGGAUCAACGAGGGAUACGCCAAGAAGCCUCUGCACACAAUCUGUCAUAAGAACAGACUGUGUCCAGAAGAUCUCAACUCAUCUGUGCUCUCCUACAUGACAGAGACGCUGGGUUACUCCCUCUCUGAAGUCAUACAUACACUCACAACUAACAGACCUUCUGCCAUCAUGGCCUCCUAUCACCUGCUGCUCCACAAGCUGACCAGGAGCCAGAAAGGAGCCAAAGCCAGCAAGAAGCUGGAGAGCAAUGACUGGAGUCUACCAAGCAAGAACACAUGGAGAGAGAGGACUAUUAUUGAGUCAAAGGCUCAGCAACAGAAUGAACCAGUCAAUGAGAAGAGCUCAAAGAAGACCAGCAGGCCGCUGAGAGCCCAACAGACGACAGAAUAUCAGAGCACCAGGAAGAGGACUGAGGACCUGCACAGAAAGGACCAUCGGGAGGACACAGAGAACCACCCGCCCUCUCCAACUCUACCCAAACUACCUCACUCUGCUUCUCCUUUAAUUCCUCCUCGCCGUCCGUCCCCCUCACCUGCCCAUCUGUCCGCAGAGGGCGUGGCUACCGAUGAGGAGAUUGGCAUCACUUUGGACACCAGGGAGACGCCCCUGUUCCCUGAAGUGUCUGUAUUUGGAGACAGAGAACUCGUCCAUCUUUCCCCUCCUAAAAGCUCCGCAUCCCAGCUCUGUGACUCUGCCCCUUGCCAAGUACCCUUACCAGCCGAGCCAAUCAGAGACAGCAGCACUUCAAAACCAAUCAGAAACACGCAUCUUCUCAGGACAACUCAGUCAGACGGGGCUGCAGACCCCGGCUCAGACUGCUUUCACGACAACCGUCACCAGGACGACCACUCUCAUCACCUGAGCAUCACUGAGCGUCUGGAGAAGCUGCAGACAUUUUAUUCCACAGAAAAGAACAGAAUCUCUCCCAGGAUGCUCCUGGGGGCCGACACUAACGCCUCAGAGAAAGACAGACGCGGCACCGUGGAGAACACCCAGAAGUCGCCCUCAGCACCUCUGCCCCGCCUGCGCAAUGUGGGACUGAAAGAUGGACGAAGCAGGAAGAUGACAUGGGUGGGGUUGACUCGACCAGGACCCCCAGGACUCCUGGUGAAUGGGUCUAAACCUCCUGCCUUCCCCUCGCAGAGACAACACACUUUAGUGAUUAAAAGUCUAAGACAGGAGAGGAGCAGGAGGAGAGAUCUGACAGCUGCAGGAGGAGACAGAGGGACAACUGGAGGAGGUAUAAACGCAGCAAAAAAGAACUCAGUGCAGAUACGUUCAUCUCUCCAGCAUCGAGUAGCAGACCUAAACCUGCCACUUCUUCCUGCAGCACUGCAGGGGAAGACAGAGAGGAAUAAAAACCAGCUGCCCAGCAUGGACUUCUGA